AGUUUUGUUCCGCGUCGUCCCGACUGGACACCGUCGGCGAGAACCCCCGGCCAGGCCCACCCCUCACCCGCCGACACCGUGGCCAUGUCCACCAACAGCUUCGCGUACAACGAGCAGUCUGGAGGAGGGGAGGCAGCGGAGCUGGGCCAGGAGGCGACCUCAACCAUUUCUCCCUCGAGCGCCUUUGGCCUCUUUAGCAGCGAUAUGAAGAAAAAUGAAGACCUAAAGCAAAUGUUGGAGAGCAACAAGGAUUCUGCAAAAUUGGAUGCAAUGAAGAGAAUUGUUGGGAUGGUGGCCAGAGGGAAAAAUGCGUCCGAACUGUUUCCUGCCGUUGUGAAGAACGUGGCCAGUAAGAACAUCGAGAUCAAGAAGUUGGUCUAUGUUUACUUGGUCCGCUAUGCUGAGGAGCAGCAGGAUCUGGCACUGUUGUCCAUAAGUACUUUUCAGCGGGCUCUGAAGGACCCAAACCAACUAAUCCGUGCAAGUGCUUUGAGAGUUCUGUCUAGUAUCAGAGUGCCUAUUAUUGUGCCAAUAAUGAUGCUCGCAAUUAAGGAAGCUUCUGCUGACUUGUCCCCAUAUGUUAGGAAGAAUGCCGCCCAUGCAAUACAGAAAUUGUACAGCCUUGAUCCAGAGCAGAAAGAAAUGCUAAUUGAAGUAAUUGAAAAACUUCUUAAGGAUAAAAGCACACUGGUAGCUGGCAGCGUUGUGAUGGCUUUCGAAGAAGUGUGUCCAGAUAGAAUAGACCUCAUUCACAAGAAUUACCGCAAGCUCUGUAAUUUACUCGUUGAUGUGGAGGAGUGGGGGCAGGUUGUCAUCAUCCACAUGCUGACUCGCUAUGCUCGGACACAGUUUGUCAGUCCUUGGAAAGAGGAUAAUGGUCCAGAAGACAAUGAGAAGGAUUUCUAUGAGUCAGAUGAGGAGCAGAAGGAAAGGAUUGGCCAAAGAAAGAAGCCAUAUGCUAUGGAUCCAGACCAUCGACUCUUAAUUCGGAACACAAAGCCCUUGCUACAGAGCAGGAAUGCAGCGGUGGUGAUGGCAGUGGCUCAGCUCUAUUGGCACAUAGCCCCCAAAUCCGAAGCUGGCAUCAUUUCCAAAUCCCUCGUCCGUUUGCUUCGUAGCAAUAGGGAGGUGCAGUACAUUGUCCUACAGAAUAUAGCAACUAUGUCCAUUCAAAGAAAGGGUAUGUUUGAACCUUAUCUGAAGAGUUUUUACGUUAGAUCAACUGAUCCAACCAUGAUCAAGACGCUGAAGCUUGAAAUCCUGACAAACUUGGCAAAUGAAGCCAAUAUAUCAACUCUUCUUCGAGAGUUUCAGACCUAUGUGAAAAGCCAAGACAAACAGUUUGCAGCAGCCACUAUUCAGACUAUAGGCAGGUGUGCUACCAACAUCUCAGAAGUCACGGACACGUGCCUCAAUGGCCUGGUGUGUCUGCUGUCCAACAGGGAUGAAAUAGUUGUUGCUGAAAGUGUGGUGGUUAUUAAGAAGCUGCUGCAAACGCAACCUGCGCAACAUGCUGAAAUCAUUAAACACAUGGCCAAACUCUUAGACAGUAUCACUGUUCCUGUAGCUCGAGCAAGUAUCCUGUGGCUAAUUGGAGAAAAUUGUGAACGAGUUCCUAAAAUUGCCCCAGAUGUUUUAAGAAAGAUGGCUAAAACCUUUACAGGUGAAGAUGAUCUGGUAAAACUGCAGAUUUUAAAUCUGGGAGCAAAAUUGUAUCUCACCAACUCCAAACAGACAAAAUUGCUUACCCAGUACAUAUUAAAUCUCGGCAAGUAUGAUCAAAACUACGACAUCAGAGACCGUACAAGAUUUAUUAGGCAGCUGAUUGUUCCGAACGAGAAGAGUGGCGCUCUAAGUAAAUAUGCCAAAAAAAUAUUCCUCGCACAAAAACCGGCUCCACUGCUUGAGUCUCCUUUCAAAGAUAGGGAUCAUUUCCAGCUUGGCACCCUAUCUCACACUCUCAACACUAAAGCUACCGGCUACCUGGAAUUAUCUAAUUGGCCAGAGGUGGCGCCCGACCCAUCAGUUCGAAAUGUAGAAGUGAUAGAGUUGGCUAAAGAAUGGAUACCAGCAGGAAAAACAAAGAAAGAAACGCCUAGUAAAAAAUUCUAUUCCGAGUCUGAGGAGGAAGACGGCUCCUCUGACAGCAGCAGUGGCAGUGGGAGUGGGAGUGGAGAAGAUGACGAGGAGGGAGACAGCAGCGAGGACAGCAGUGAAGACUCUUCCAGUGGGAGUGAGUCAGAAGUGGACAACAGAAAAACAGCCAAGAAGAGCUCGACAAAUAAAGGCAAAAGUGAUUACGAAGAUGGGGAGAAGGAAAAUGAAAACUCGAAAACUUCAGAUUCUUCCAAUGCUGAAUCUAGCUCUGUCGAAGAAAGUUCUUCAGAAUCUGAAUCGGCAUCAGAAUCCGAAAGUGAACCCGAGUUCAGAAAAGUCACUAAGGGGAAAGAAAGGAAAGCAAGACAAGAUGGAAAGCCUGUUGCCAAAGAUGUUUCACUCCUAGAUCUCGAUGAUUUUAACCCAGUCUCCACUCCCGUGGUUCUCCCCACCCCUGUUCUUUCGCCCAGCUCCAUAGCCGAUCUCAGAGAUUUGAACUUGUCAGCUUCUUCACCCGUCAUCAGUGUCAGCUCUCCUGUCUUUGUACCGAUGACAAGUCACGAGCUGCUUCAUCGAAUGAGUGGGAAAGGACUGGCGGCCCACUACUCCUUUCCAAGACAACCGUGCAUUUUCAGUGAUAAGAUGGUUUCCGUCCAAAUAACAUUGAAUAACACCACUGAUCGAAAGAUCGAAAACAUUCACAUCGAGGAGAAAAAACUUCCAGCAGGCAUGCAAAUGCAUGUUUUCAACCCAAUAGAAUCUCUUGAGCCUGAGGGAUCCAUUACUGUUUCAAUGGGUAUUGACUUUUGUGAUUCAACUCAGACUGCCAGCUUCCAGUUGUGUACCAAGGAUGAUUGCUUCAGUGUUAAUAUCCAGCCACCUGUUGGAGAACUCCUUUUGCCCGUGGCCUUGUCUGAGAAAGACUUUAAGAAAGAGCAAGGAUGGCUAACGGGAAUGAAUGAAGCCUCUGCUGUAGUUACAGUCGCCCCGCAGAAUUCCCCGCCCUCGGUCAUCCGCCAGAAGGUGGUAAACGUUGCUAACCUGGGGGUUGUCCCUUCUGGCCAAGACAGUAUACACAGGUUUGCAGCUAAAACAGUGCACAGUGGGUCGCUGAUGCUAGUCACAGUGGAACUGAAGGAAGGCUCCACCGCCCAGCUGAUCAUCAACACGGAGAAAACUGUGAUUGGUUCUGUUCUGCUGCGGGAACUGAAGCCUGUCCUGUCCCAGGGGUAACCUGCUUGCAUCUGGACUUCAGGAUCUGGCACACAACAAAAGUGCCUGGCAUCCACUGCUGCUGCCUUUCAUUUAUAAUAAUAGCCCUUCCAUCUGGCAAUGGGGGGGAUACACUCCUGACAUUCCUCCCGCCUGCUUUAGAAUGCUAGUGUGUGUCUCAUGUCCGCAAUGCUGGCCCCCUUUCGCUUUGCUAACCAAAGAACAUAUAUUGUACUGUCAGUUAUCACAACUCUUGAAUCCCUGUGACGUUUUCCCUGCCCUGCUACUUCCUGUGGCCUCCUGCUAUCUUCUCUCUCUCUCUCUCUCUCUCUCAGCAAUGAUGGGCACUAACUGGACUUGCCCUUUCUGCAGGAAGCAGAGAUUAGCAGUCUGUCCGCCCCCCUCCCCCCGCUGGGUGGGUGAAAAUGGGGUCCCAUACUUUCUAGAAUGAAGUGCAUAAGUAGUGAGGUCUCUGGAUAAAGAAAAGAAAUAAAAAAAAUGUUGCUCCUUAAAUUUCCUGGGAUCCUAAUUGAUUAUGGACAACUGUCAUCAUGAAAUUAUCACUAAAUAAUAAGAUGAAUAAACGAGCAUCGGAAUCA